GUAACUAUUAUGGGACCCCAAAACCGCCGAAGCAGCCCAUCGUUGGGACAGUGACUCUCAGUGAUUCGGGCUCCCAUCAGUCCACCCCAAAGCGCACCAAGUCCUACAAUGACAUGCAAAACGUGCGCGUAGUGCCUGCUGACGACGACGAUGACGACCAGGCCACGGAAAUGAACAACAGUUUUACAGGAUCCUUAGUGCGUAGCCUCUUCCCCUCUCCUUUGUUGUGCACAGGUAACCCUAACGACCAGGACGAGAGCCGCAGCGGCAUCCUUCGGCCAUAUCCCACGCGAGAUAAUGCUCUGGCCUGUGGUCUGAACAAUGCGGCCACCUCCACUGUUGAAAGCGGGCAGCAGACACAUGCAGAACCGCAGGUCUCUCCAGAUGACCCACUGGGCCCGUUGCCUGAGAACUGGGAGAUGGCCUACACUGAGAACGGGGAGCUGUACUUCAUAGACACUGCGAAGCCUCACCACCAGGACAUGGCAGUGCAUUUUCAGAGUGUCCACAACACAAAGACCACAUCAUGGCUGGAUCCGCGGUGUAGAGACAAAGCCUCCAGGCCUUUGGAAGAGUGUGAUGAUGAUGCUUUCAAAACUGGAGAAGAAGGGAUCCAUACAGAAGACCUGGAAAGUGACCUAGAGCUGCCCCCAGGUUGGGAGAGAAUAGAUGACCCCGUGUACGGAGUGUACUAUGUAGAUCAUAUAAACAGAAAAACCCAGUAUGAGAACCCGGUGGUGGAGGCGCGGCGCCAAAAACUCAUGGAGCAGCAGCUACAGCCGCAGCCUCCAGAAGGUGAGCGGUAUAUUCGAGAGUGGAUAGAGGAGCACUCGGCUGCAGCAGCUCCUUUGGCAAACUACGCUCCAAACCACCUGGAGACCUACAGGGACCCACAAGUCCCUCCAGCUCUACCUCCAGGACCUGUUGGCAUCAAAAGAGGGAAACCUUUCUUCACAAGAAAUCCAGCAGAGCUGAAGGGAACGUUCAUCAACACAAAGCUGAAGAAAAGUCACCGUGGAUUUGGCUUCACUGUGGUCGGAGGUGACGAGCCCGACGAGUUCCUGCAGAUCAAAAGUCUGGUGCUGGAUGGACCUGCGGCUGUUGAUGGCAAGAUGGAGACAGGUGAUGUGAUUGUCAGUGUGAAUGACACUAUUGUGCUGGGCCACACCCAUGCUCAGGUGGUGAAGAUCUUCCAGUCCAUCCCCAUCGGCUCCAUGGUGGACCUGGCCUUAUGCCGUGGCUACCCUCUGCCCUUUGACCCGGACGACCCUAACACCAGCCUGGUGACCUCGGUGGCCAUCUUGGACAAGGAACCCAUCAUCGUCAAUGGGCAAGAGACAUUUGACACGCCGGCUAACCAGGCUGGACUCCUUAACAGCUUGCGUGAGCCGCGGCCUCUCAGCCCUUCUGCCGAGGUGGCGUCUAACGGUUCCCACGGUUACUCCAGCGAUGUGGUCACCCUGGCUUCGUCCAUAGCCACCCAGCCUGAGCUCAUCACCAUCCACAUGGAGAAGGGGGACAAAGGUUUUGGCUUCACCAUUGCUGAUAGCCUCACAGGAGGAGGCCAGAGGGUGAAGCAGAUAGUGGACUAUCCACGGUGCCGCGGCCUGAAAGAGGGGGACAUUCUGAUGGAGGUCAACAAGAGAAAUGUCCAGAAUAUGAGUCACAAUCAAGUAGUGGAUCUGCUGAGCAAAUGUCCAAGAGGCAGUGAGGUCACCAUGUUGGUGCAAAGAGGAGUGGUGCCGGCCAAGAGGAGCCCAAAGCUGGUGCACCAGUUGGAGAGGAAAGACAGUCAGAACAGCUCCCAGCACAGUGUGUGCAGCCAUCGCAGCACCCACACCGAUUCUCCCAGCCACCCACCCUCUGCCAUGCCCAGUGAGGCAGUGGUCCCCACUCCUGCUGCCCCCACCCAGCCUCUGCCAGUCUUACCCCCCCAGGACCCCGCAGAUGGCACGCUCACCCUCCAGAAGAAGCCAGACCCCUUUAAGAUCUGGGCACAGUCCAGGAGCAUGUAUGAGAGUCGAUUGCCAGAUUGUCAGGAGCAGGACAUUUUCCUUUGGCGGAAAGAUACAGGUUUUGGGUUUCGCAUCUUGGGAGGAAAUGAGCCUGGGGAGCCUAUAUACAUCGGGCACAUAGUAAAGUAUGGGGCCGCAGAUGAAGAUGGCCGCCUGAGGUCGGGUGAUGAGCUCAUCUGUGUGGACGGCACAGCUGUAGUGGGCAAAUCUCACCAGCUGGUGGUGCAGCUGAUGCAGCAGGCUGCCAAGCAGGGCCACGUCAACCUCACUGUCAGACGCAAGACCCCCGGAUAUGGAGGGUCAAAAGGAGGCGGUGACGUUCCCCCGUCCCCGGCCUCCUCCCACCACAGCAGCACCCAAGCACCGAGUCUGACUGAGGGAAAGCGAACCCCUCAGGGGAGCCAGAACUCACUCAACACAGUCAGCUCUGGCAGUGGGUCCACCAGCGGCAUAGGCAGUGGAGGUGGAGGGGGCAGCGGGAGCGCGGUGGUGCCUGCUUCCCUUCAGCCUUACGAUGUGGAGAUCCAGCGGGGAGAGAACGAGGGUUUUGGUUUCGUCAUUGUGUCGUCCGUUUCCAGGCCUGAUGCCGGCACCACUUUUGCUGGAAAUGCUUGUGUGGCAAUGCCCCACAAAAUAGGACGCAUCAUCGAGGGCAGCCCGGCGGACCGCUGCGGGAAGCUGAAGGUUGGGGACAGAAUACUGGCGGUGAACAGCUGCUCCAUCACCAACAAGUCUCACUCUGACAUUGUCAACCUGAUCAAGGAAGCCGGGAACACCGUCUCACUCAGGAUCAUCCCAGGUGAUGAAUCUUCCAAUGCUUCUCUGCUGACUAAUGCUGAGAAGAUAGCUACCAUCACCACGACACACACACCUCAUUCCACAGAGUCCAGGAAUAAUUCAAAGUCAAAAGGAGCUCCUCCUCCACCUCCUUCGCAGACUCAAACACAAGAAGCAGAGUUUUAUUCUGUGGACCUCGAGAGAGACAGUAAAGGCUUUGGAUUCAGCUUGAGAGGGGGACGGGAGUACAACAUGGACCUGUACGUGUUGAGACUAGCAGAGGAUGGGGCUGCUGUCAGAAAUGGCAAAAUGAGGGUGGGAGACGAGAUCCUGGAGAUUAACGGUGAGAGCACAAAGAGCAUGAAGCAUUCGCGAGCCAUUGAACUGAUCAAGAACGGCGGGCGGAGGGCACGGCUUGUCCUAAAAAGAGGCGAUGGUUCUGUACCUGAAUAUGACGGCAGCAGUGACGGGCACCCUCCCACACCCGGGGCACAAAACACUCCGGAAGUGAGAUUCUUGACACCCAGCAGCCAAUAUCACAUCUCAUUCGAGUCCAGUUAUCCACCAGACCUUCACAAAUCAUCAUGCCUGGAGGAGGCUGCUCGUGGCCGAGGUAUGGACAAGUACAGGGACAGGGCUGGUUCAAAUCAGAUGGAAUUCCAAGGCCGACAGUUUAACCCCCAUCAUCAUUACACUUGGAAUAAUAAUCACAGUCAAAGUACACCCAGACAGCAGUCCCCCGACAGUAAUGGCAGCAACAGUGGCAACAAGAAGAGCAGAGGCCGUAAAGUCAAGAAGUCUGAGUCCGAGAGUGGCAUCUCUAAACUUCUAAAAACUCUGAGGAAGGACAACUCGGGGAAAAAGGCCGCAGCCGCCGAAAAACUAAGAGGCCGAGAGAUUUCGAGCAGCAGUUCCACUUUGGACGAGAAGUAUCUUCGACAGCGUCGUGGUUCCCUUGACCGCUCGCCAACCCGAAAGCGCGCCUCGUCUCCGGAUCGUCGACGGGCAAAAUCCAUGGACCGCAGGGCGGAGCGAGGGCAUCGUGACCGCACGCCCGAGGGAGAACACGACGACGGAGGGUUCCUCUCGGUCACCCCCGAACGAAGGUUUCACGAGCGGAGGCUUCUCAAGGACUCGCAGAUAGCUGGGCGAGUCAGCGAGGCUUCAACCCCUGAGCGCACCAACAACAGUGCAGAUUCCUUGUCUCGUUCCAGAGGCCGCACGUACGAUAAAGCCACGAAAAACGGCAACCUUCUUAGAGACUCUUCCUCGGAGAGAAGGGAGGAACGACAUCGCGUGAAUGGGACAACGGGGAGACGAUACAAACCAGAGCGGGACUCUUCCCCUGACAGCAACUACAGCCGGGACGAGCUGAACUAUGCAGCAGCACCCAGACUGAAGGACUACUACAGCAUGAUGAAGAACAACGCUGCACACAACAAUGCUACCUACAACAACACAGGCCAUAACAAUAACACAGUGGGCCGCAGCUCAAACCACGUCCCUGAACCCAAGAGGAGGCUGUACAAAGAAAGUCCUAAAGACCUCAGCAUCUAGCAGAGGUCCCCCCCCACUGCUCUCUCCUCUAUCUGUGCAAACUUUGUACCAUACACUGGAAUUGGACUUCUGACAAUACUAACUCUUAUUCUUUUUAUUUGGUUGAAUUGUUUAUUGAUUCAUUUGAUUGACUAACCUACUUGUGGUCCCAACCCAGAAAUUAAUAAAACAGCAGGAGUACAAUCCUUCUAUCAGUUUCUACCAGUUGUGUUGUCAUUGUUCUAGUUAUUUUGAACAUAACAGAGGUUGUUGUACUGUAGUAAUGGUAUUGUAUGUGCCUGCAUAUGAAACCAGUGAUGUUGCUUUUUUGUAGACAUUGCUGACUUUAAAUAUUUGUUCCCUCCGAGGUAUGAAAAAAAAUGCUUCCAUUUGUGGUAACUUCUAAUUAAUGAGCUUGUUUUUGUCUUUUUCCACUCUUGAAUUGCUUUUACUGAACAAACUUUGGAACAAGAUGUUGAUGGUUCACAAUGGAGUCAAAGAGAAACAAAUCUAAAUUUAAGAUUGGAUGACAACGCUAGAGUUUUAAAUUAUAUAAAAAAUAAUAAUAUAUGGAAAUAAUGAAUUUGCUCUUUAUUUAUUUUUAAAUUGCCACAUGUUUUGAGCCAGCAGCGUUGAAUCAUUAAGGAUGUGUGUUGCUGUCGCCCCAAUUGUGUUGCAUUGAAAUGUUUGACAGCUGUUUGCUCUUGAGAGAUGAACAAAUCACAAAAGCGAAUUGAAAGCUGGCAUCACUUUUUUCUUUAGUAUCCUUUAAAAUGGAAAUUUUAGGAAAAAAACUUUCCCCGUUUGUGCACUGAUACAGUAAACAAAGAGGCCUGCCUCUCGUCCACCUCUGGGGGAGUUGUUCUGUCCUGUGAGGAAAUGACAGUCAGAUUUGUUACUCAGUUGAGUGGAAUCAUUUAGUCUGCAUUACGCCACAAUACCAGCUGAAGCUGCCAUGAAGUACGAUUGUGCAGAUAUGCCAAAAAGAAAAAAAAUGUAAAUUAUUUCUGUGCAAGAUGCAUGUGUAAAUUAAAAUGUAGUGUAACCACUUUAAAUGGUGAGUGAGAAGAAAGGAUAAGGAAACACGCUGUAAUCCCACAGUAAUAGGUGGCCCCAAUCCCCUCAUACUUAUUAUGUCCACAUUUGAAACCCUGAUCCCCCCCGCCACCACCACACACACACACACACAUACACACACACACACACACACACAUACACACACACACACACACACACACCUCCUGGGUCCUGACACACACAGAGCUGCUGUAAUGGUAACAUAUGAAGAGUCCUGGUAGAGGAGACAACUAAUCUGCCAUGCUGAGCCAUGCUGUCACGCCACUGGAGUCUGACUGCUGCUUUUAUUUUUUUCCAUGUGUUUUUGUGUGUGUUUUCUGUCUUAUGUUUUGUUUAAGAACUAAAACUAUAUAUUGGGUAAACCACAAAUGCAUUGUUCCAUCACUGUUGUCACCAUGGUACUGUAACCAAGAAAAAAAAAUAACUGUAAAAAAAAGGAGAGUUUGGCCAACACCUGUAAAGAGUUCCCCCAACACUGUAGGAACACGUCAAGAAUUAAAAUGUUGCCUUUUUCUUGCACAAAAAGAGAAAUUUAUGAAAACCCCUCAGCAGAGAGGAAUGUGAUUUUAUGUUUAUAUCUCUGAAAUGGACCUGAUGAUUUAUGGUAAAUAUGUUGAUUUACUCCGGAUCAGGUAUGUAAAGACAUUUUAACGUGAAAGACUGUAUGUGGUCAAUCAGAAGCUGAUGGUUUGAUUAUCUCUAUGGUUAGCCUGCCUUUGUAUUAUAAAGCACUUGUAUGCAGUCUGUGUUCUUUUCAAGCAUUAUUUCUUGCAACGUGCUCCAGACAUAAUGCUGUCUCUGUGUUGAUAAAAAGCAGUACAUGUAUAUGGGCCAAUCUUUUUUAUAUAACUAUGCAUAUAUAAAUACUACAUUGUUCAUAGCUUUAUUUGACCCAUGAAGCUAAACAUAACAUUAGUCAAAGUACAAGUAGAUGUGGACUUAUCCAGCUUCUUUUCCUUGAGAUGGAUUACAAUGUAUAUGUAGCUAUCAAAAGAAGUCUGUGGAUGCUAUUUUUAUUAUCAAAUAAAGUUUUCCAUACAAACUCAAAA